CUUCUCCUUCUCAAAUUCCCAGAGAAUAAUUCUAGAGAGAGAAACUCUCUGAGUUUCUAGAGAGAGAAAGCGGCCUCGCCGGAGAUGCCUACGCCAGAAGCGGACCCGGAGCGCCACCACCACCACCGCGGGAGGACUACCAGACCUCCGGCGGCGGUGGUUCGCCCGGCGAGGCCGUCGCUCCGGCAACUUUUCCGGGUGGCGUCGGUUGCUUGCGGAAUCCAAUUCGGCUGGGCUUUGCAGCUCUCUCUGCUCACUCCCUAUGUUCAAGAGCUCGGAAUCCCUCACGCUUGGGCCAGCGUCAUCUGGCUGUGUGGGCCGUUGUCCGGUCUGAUAGUCCAGCCCAUGGUUGGACACAUGAGCGAUCGGAGCACGAGCCGGUUUGGGCGGCGGAGGCCGUUCAUCGUCGCCGGAGCGGCGUGUAUUGCUGUUUCGGUUCUGAUCAUCGGUUACUCCGCCGAUAUCGGGUGGCUGCUCGGCGACCGCGGCGGCGUGAGGCCUAGGGCUAUUGGAGUGUUUGUGUUUGGGUUUUGGAUUUUGGAUGUGGCCAAUAAUGUGACCCAGGGGCCUUGUAGAGCUCUGCUUGCUGAUCUCACUGGAAAGGACCAUCGAAGAACUCGAGUCGCAAAUGCUUAUUUCUCUUUGUUUAUGGCGGUUGGCAAUAUUCUUGGCUAUGCAACUGGAGCAUUCAGUUACUGGUACAAGGUUUUCCCGUUUACACUUACAUCCGCAUGCGAUGUUAACUGUGCAAAUCUCAAGUCUGCAUUCAUUAUUGACAUAGCAUUCAUCGCACUUACAACAUAUUUGAGCACAUCAGCAGCUCAGGAAUUACCUCUGGGUUCAAGCGACAGAAAUACCCCUUUUGCUGAUGAAGAGCCAGGGCAUUCCAGCCAAGCUGAAGAAGCUUUCCUCUGGGAGCUGUUUGGGACUUUCAGAUAUUUCUCAGCGUCUAUAUGGUUAAUCCUACUUGUUACUGGUCUAAACUGGAUUGGGUGGUUUCCAUUUCUUCUGUUUGAUACUGAUUGGAUGGGUCGAGAAAUUUAUGGUGGCGAGCCAAAUGAAGGGAGAAAUUACAGUGAUGGGGUUCGAAUGGGAGCUUUUGGUUUGAUGUUGAACUCGAUUAUGCUUGGUGCAACCUCGUUGCUUAUGGAGAGGCUUUGCAGGAAAUGGGGAUCUGGUUUUGUGUGGGGGAUUUCAAACUUUAUCAUGGCUCUUUCCUUUCUUGCAAUGCUUGUUAUUACAUUUGUGAACAAGAGUAUUGGCCAUGAUUCACCUCCACUUGGGAUUGUGAUAGCUUCACUGGUUGUUUUUACAAUUCUUGGAAUUCCAUUGGCGAUCACGUACAGUGUUCCAUAUGCCUUGAUUUCUUCUCGUAUCGAGUCUUUGGGACUUGGCCAAGGCUUAUCAAUGGGUGUACUGAAUCUGGCAAUCGUUGUACCACAGGUGCUGGUAUCCCUGGGAAGUGGACCAUGGGAUCAGCUAUUUGGUGGUGGAAACUCUCCAGCCUUUGCGGUUGCAGCAGUUGCAGCCUUAGCAAGUGGGCUGGUGGCCAUCUUGGCUAUUCCACGUUCUAUUCCGCAGAAGCCUAGAUCUUUCACAUGAGGUAUUUUGUUGUAUCUACUUUUUACACAACUUUGUCACAGAAAUACAAAACCUCCAUAGAUAGUGAGAAUUUGUAAAUUUCUUUUGUUACUUGUUAGCUAUUUCUCAAUAGUCAUUUACCAGAGGUUUCUUUAGUUCUGGAAAUUUCUCUCUUUCCCUUUUUGUCGUUUUAGAUGCUUUAAUAAAGAAAGGCCUGGCAGCGAUUAUAUCAAAGUUGAGCUGAAUAUCUGUGUGAAGUGCUUCCGUUCAGCAAUUUAUAGUUCUCAAUUUCUACAAUAUUUUAAAUGAGAACUGUCACCUGGUGGACUCUUAUGGAAUCCUUAUGUUGGAAUCAUAAUCUCAAUUAGGCAUCGUGCCUCAAUUCCACAAUGGGUGGUGCUACCGUUUUCAGAAGUGUGAUGAAACAAGUUAGUCAAGAAAGUGAUGGUGUUUUCACAAUCGCUGGCUACGCAACUAUAUUGAUGUGGGUACGCAAAUAGAUUGAUGUAGCAGCCAUCACUAAGUUCCUGGUUAGACAAGUUAUCUACAAUUAGUGGAGAAUUUCAUGAAUGAAAAUCAGUCCCAUCUGGUGGAUUGUGGCAAAUUGCUACGGAAAAGUAGGUGAAGCCUCAGCUGUAGGAUUCGGAAAUUACUUGAAGAGUAGUUCCCUACCAACCAGGAUAUGUUUCUGCUUUUCGAGAAUUUGUCCUCCUGAAAAUAUCGUUUUUUCUUUUGGCAAAGUUGAUUUUGAGUUGGUGGUUUAAUCAUGAGGUAUUGGAAUCUCAUGCGUUUUGUGCAUGUAUUUGUAGUAUGAAUGUGGUGAAAUGUGCUUGGUGGCCAACAGUGAAUAUGUGAAAUGUACUGAUUGAAACCUUGAUGGAGACAUCCCUUUUAAUUGCUGUUUUGGAAGCUUGGGUCAUUUUGUGAUACCUUUCUACUUAUUCUCUUCCAUUUCUUUUUGUUUUUCUAUUGUAGAUUACCAUACUGUUAAGUCAUUUUAAUCUUCCUUUCUUGUCUGUAUCCAGACCUUUGGAAUAAGUUCUUGCGUUCAUUCCCCUUAUUAGUAUCUAUCAAUCCCUGUUUGCUUUUUGAUGCUCCCAUGCACUGUUUUCUCAGAGCAUUGGAGAAGUAUUAAAG